UCCAAACGGCUUCUUAGUGGACAAAUAGUGCAUUACACAGCGCGCAGAAGGCCGUUAUUUCAUCCCCUAUGUAGUGCAUUUAUGUAGGAAGAAUGAAGUCAGUUUGGAUUCAGCCUUUUGUGAAGUAGCCAACUGUGCUAAAGGGGCUGGGACGCGGACUAGCGGGGGCCGCAAACACGUAGUUUGAACUUUGGGUAUUUUUUAUAACGCAUAUGUGCGCUGAAGUUUUAACGCAAGUUCUGUUUGGGGGAAAAGGACAAUACGAUGUUGAGAAGAAUAUCCACCCGAGGUGAAGUCUAAAUACAGGUGCGCGACAUUUAAUCUGAGCAGCUAGCAAGACGAACUAGCAGCCGCAGAAUCGCUGCCUCACUAGCACUGCUACAGUUUUAUAUAUCCGCGUCUGUAACACGCACAACACAGAGCAGCCGCUAAUUUGGAGACCCCACCCAUCUGGCCUGUCCUCUAAAGAUGGCUGAAGGCCAAAAGGCUGUUGAACUCUCAGAAUGCCCCACAGAUUCUGGGGCUACAAUGGAUAAUCAGGAUUUGUCCCUGAAACCUGAAGCUCUGUCCUCCAGUUCUCUGACAUGUGAGGAGUCAGUCAGCAUGCAGAGCCCCUCAAGGCCAUUGCCCCCUGGCUUAAUGUCCAUGCCCUGCUUGCUAAAGGAGCUUCGCCGAGAUUCCUCCCCUGAGGCCCUGCCAGCAGAAAAAGGCCUUGCUGCAUCUGUCAUUCAGAUGUGCCCACAAGAAGACAGUGACUCCUCUGCCAACCUGCGAUCGCCUUCAUCUUCUGGUCACCUCGGCGAUUCAGACACACUUUCCUCAGCCGAAGAAGAGGAUGUGCAAUCGGCACAUGCUAAGCCUCACCCUUCCUCUCAUUCUGAAUCCGCCCCUAGAAAGUCUUCUCGCCGCUCACGGUCCGAGAGCGAUGCAUCUGCUGGCGUUGCCAUGGCUGCCAAGAAGAACCGCUGUCAGGAGAGGCAGGCGAACGGUGGAAGGAUCCGAGAGCGGGGCAAGCGCAGCCAGAGACACAAAGAGCGAAUGCGUCUGCUAAGGCAAAAACGGGAAGCAGUUGCCAAGCGUAAGUCUCGCCCACUGGAGGACAGCAGUACAAGCGACAGCGAUGCCACCGCACAUUCUUCGUCGUCAUCAUCAACAGCAUCGUCUGACAACGAGGGCAGGACAAUCGGUUUGCAUCCUCCAGUGGGGCCAGAGAUCAUCGGCCACUAUGACGUGUCAGACACUCAUUCUGAACUGGAGCAGCAGUUGCACACACUCUCAGGACCAGUGGAUGUGGCAUCUUGCCAGGUGAGUCUGCCGUUGUCUGACAGCGAAGUGGAGAUUGUCGGCGUCCAGGAAAAUACCAGUGCUGUGUCAAGAUUUCCGAGAGGUGGCGUCAUCCAGUCUCUGUCAGCAUGGAAGCAAACUGCCAUACCCCAAUGGACAGCGGUCUCUGCCCAGGCUGACUGGGCUCCGCCCCCUGAGGUGGUCGAUCUGACACUGGAUGAAGACAGGCACCGAUACUUGCUGUGAUCCCACACACUAGGCACUUAAACACAGCAGUUGCUUGAGUGUCGUUAAACAUUAUAAUGUUUAUCCCUUUAUUGGUUUGAUGACAUUUCGGUUGGGGGGGGAGAUUUUUAAUGGUUUGGUGUGACAAUCUGAACUGAAUUUGAACGAUUUUCUUUGUUGUCAUACAUCAGUCUUUGAAGGCCCUAGAAUGGCCACAUCAAGAUUAAUGUGUGUAAAUGCACUGAGGAUCUAAACUGUGUAUGACUUCAGGCAAGUUGCAGUACUGUAAUGGAAUGAGAGCUUACUUCAGACACAAGCUAGACAUUUUCUUCUAACAACUCAAAGUCUGGUGCGAUUACUGCCUUUAAAAAAAACCCUACAUUGAGCAGAAUCGGAUUUGCUCAGUUCAGUUUCUCCUAAUGCACAGCUGAACAAAAUGGUCAAAGCUACUGUUAGACAUACACUGUAUGACAUUUCAUUUGUACUACAUGUGCACUGAAAUUUGCCUUGUUCCCGAUUUCUAACAAAAUUAACAGGUUAAAUCCCAAAUGUUUUCAAUAGUUUGGCAAACACACACACAUCGGAUGCCUGCUGUUAUCCUCAGGUGUCUUCAACUCUUUGUGGUGACUUACUGCAAAGCUCCUUUAUAGUGCAAAAAUAGCAGGGUUUACUCUGAGAAUAGCAAUAGCUCCAUUAGGUUUCUGUGUGUGUGUGUGUGUGUGUGUGUGUGUGUGUGUGUGUGUGUGUGUGUGUGUGUGUGUGUGUGUGGGAGAGAGAGGGGGGCUACACAGAGAAGUGUUAUCAAACUGUUCAAUGCUGCUGUCUGAGUGUCUGUCCUGUGUGUAUGUGUGUGAAAGAGAGAGUUUCUCUGCACUAGAGAAUUUGUUCAGGCACACUCGUGUUUAUAUAUUUUAGCAGAGAACAUGGCCUUUAUGCCAGCGGGAAAGAGGUGUCGGCUUGUGACAAUUAGAAAUUUUAAGUAACUAUUUUUUAAAUUAGUAUCUGAGACUAGUUCAAACUGUGCUUAAUAUCCUCAUUGAUCUAUAAAAUUGUAUAUUAGUUUUGCUAUAUCAUGCUUUCUCUUAAUACAGCAUUAGAUGUUACAAUUAAUAUUUAAAAUGUUUGUUUUUUUCUGACAUGCUUGAAUGACAGUUAUUAGGAAGGAAAUACAUAUUUCCUCAAAUAGGUCGAAUACAUUUUUGCUGUGGUUAUUUGUGGAUGUUUUUUGGGCUACUGAUAUUUUUUUUUUUUUUUGUGUUAUUGACACAAUCACAUCAUUUAGCUUUCUCUUCAGAGUGAAAGAUCCUCAGACUGUGUAUGAGAACGUGGGAAGUAGGCGUUAGCAAAGAUGACAACAUGCUUCCUGUUAAAAUCGCAUGGACAUUUGUUAUACCAGAGCAAAAUUCUUCUCUCACUUGCAAAUGUGACACGAAUUUGUCCACAGAAACAAAUGCUGUUGCUGAUACACAGUGGCAUGCAAAUAAAUAUAUCUGUUGUUCUCA